AUGGAGAGGCCGGAUUCCCCCCGGCCGGAGCAUACUCCAGAGCAUACUCCAGAGCUCACAUGCUGCUGCGGCCGCGUCGAAUGCCCUCUUCUCAAGAAGAACUGCUACAUACUCGAGACCGUCGAGAAAGAUGUCCACACCGCAGCUCAGCUUGGUCAGGCCCUGCUAGCCCGGCAUGAAGCGUACAUGGCUGACGCCGAGAGGGACCGCCUCAAUCUGACCGAGCGGAUAGAGCGUCUGGAAAUGGACAAGCAGGAACUCGAGGCCGAAAAUGCCUUGAAGAUUGAGGAGAACAGGAGCCUGCUUGACCAGCUCGAGUUUCUCAACAACACCGUUUCUGAAUCCGACACAAAGAUCAAGGCCCUCGAGGCCAGCCUCCUCUCGUCCCAGCAGGCCGUGCGGAGGCUCGAGUCUGCUGCUGCCCGAGCCGAAGAUGCGGAGCGACACUUGUCGCUGAUGGAGCUGGAGCAGGAUGAGCUCUACCAGGAGCUGAGGUCUACAAGGGAAGAUGCUCGGUCUCACGCUCAGCGCUUCAAGGAGGCUCAGCGUGGCAUCUUGGAUAUGCAGGACCAGCUCGAGAGGAUGGAGGAGGAAGCCCGUGAGGAGCGCGAGCGUCAUGCCGAGGUUAUUGGCAGGAUGGAGCGCCAGCGCGAGGUUGACAAGCAACUCAGUACGGCAGCUGCUCGACUAAAGGGUGCUGCUGCGUCCAAGACGCUACAAGACCCGAAGCCUGGCAAUCCUGUUGUCAACCACUUUGUGCGUGACCUCCUUCAGGACAAUGCCAACCUUCAGCUGGGCAUCGCUGAGUUGCGAGAGAUGUUGCUCAACUCCAACGACGAGAUCCAGUCUCUGCGUGAGCAACUUCUCGACCAUCAGCCUGUUCCUGACAGCUCCGCCUCGACGCUCAAGGCUGAGCUCGAGAGCUUUAUGCCCUCUACUCCCCGAGUUUCCCAAGAGCUGCAUAUCCAUCAUCACUACCAUGUGGCCGCUAAGCCUGACAAGGGCAAGACGAGGAGAAAGCGUUCAAGCUUGAACUCUAGCAUCUUUAACCCUCCAAGCUCAGGCACCUCCACCCCGAGAUCAUCAUCGGGCCGUUGGAGUCUAAACCCUGGGCCGGCAAUGCCCGCCAUUGCCUCUAUCACAACCAAGGAGCCCAACUCGGUCAUCUCGAUGCCCAAGCAGAGGUGGUCGCUAAUGUCGGAGCAAACAUCCGACUUUACAUCAUCUGUACCGAGCUCCCCACGGUCGAACCAGCGGAAUUCCAUGUUCGACACUUCCUUUGCCGACAGCGAUAUUCCCACGUCGCCGACUACGAGCUUCGAUCCUAUGUCACCCACCUGGCGGGCUCACCGCAAGGGUCCGUCUGAGAUCUCGGCUCUCAGCUUUCAAGCUCCUUCUCUUCAGCUUGAUCCUGGCACUCCGCCUCGGCAUCAGUAUAAUGAUGACACUAUUCAUGAAGAAGAUGAAGGAGAGUGUGAUGAGCUCAUGCCUCGAAUGGAGACACCAGAUCUCGGAACUACGCCUUCAGCCGACGACAGUUCGAUCGUCGAAAGUUCCGAGGACUCCAAGGACGACUUUAUGCCGCGUCCUCGGAUUCACCGAGCGCUCUCUCACGAGUCCAUCAUGUCUCUGGCAGGUGGUCUUGACAUUCACACGCUGAAGGCACGACCUAGUCAACUUACUCUUCGGCCCCUUGGUGGUGCCGAAGCUGUUGUGACGGGUGUCAUAGCGCAACCCACACUUGCUCGUGGAGCCGCCAAGCGGAGUUCGGUUGCGCUUCGAGACAGCUUCAACGCCUUCAACGCCUUUCCCAGCUCGCGAACUGUCUCUAACCCUACCAUCCGAUCUCUUUCUCCUACCCCAUCUAUCACCCCCCAGGGUAGCCCUUCUACGAGCCUGGGCAAGUGGGUUGGUUGGAGGCCAUGGGGAGGCCCAAGUACCACGGCCCCGAAGCCUGAGAAAGAAAAGGAGAUAAACCGGGCUCCGGGUAUCAACCAACCCGGGGCAAUUCCUGGCUUCCAGAGAUACUGGACAGCACAACGGCGGAAGGGCGCGCCGUCCAGGGUGAUGAGUGAAACUAUCGAUCACGAAGCCCUGGAAGAAGGCCUACGAGAGUGA